AUGGCUCAGAAUAUAUGGGCAAUCCCUCUUCAGACGACAAACUUCAACAUCGUCGUCGCUUUUUUAGGCGGUUUCAUCUCUAUAUUUGGCCUCGUUUCGUACCUCCUCAAAGAAAACUACUACCUCUCAGAAGCCCUCAUCUCGCUCUUGGCGGGCAUCGCCUUUGGACCUAAUGGUGCAAACUUCAUUCGACCCGACGACUAUGCGGAAUGCGAUGUUCUUUCCAGAGAGGAUUGUGAGGCAGAUCUCAAUGCCAUAACGCUUAAUUUCUCCAGACUGGUUCUUGGUGUGCAGCUUGUUCUUGCGGGCGUGCAACUCCCCAGCAAGUAUCUCAUCAGAGAAUGGAAGUCAAUUGCGCUUCUUCUGGGCCCGGGCAUGACGAGUAUGUGGUUAGCUACCAGUGUUCUCGUCUGGGGAUUAGCAGGGCAACCACCAUUUCUUCAUGCGCUGGCCAUCGGGGCGUGCGUUACGCCUACCGAUCCUGUUCUCAGCGCUGUCAUCGUCAAGGGCAAAUUCGCAGACCACAACAUCCCGCAAGACCUACAAUAUCUCAUCACCGCAGAAUCAGGUGCCAAUGACGGUCUCGGCUAUCCGUUCUUGUUCCUUGCCUUGUAUCUCAUCAAGUUUACUGGCGCAGGCGCUACGUCUGGUGGAGCUGAUGAUGCAAUGGGUCUCUGGUUCGGAAUGACAUGGGGCUACGUUAUCAUCCUCAGUAUCAUCUACGGCGCAGUGGUGGGAUGGAUUGGCAAAGAGUUGCUUCAUUUUGCUGAGAAGCAUAAUUAUGUUGAUCGCGAGAGCUUUCUCGUGUUUGCCAUUGCGCUUGCGCUUUUUGUUCUGGGAACAUGCGGUAUGAUUGGUACAGACGAUGUCCUGGCGUGCUUCAUCGCAGGCAAUGUCUUUACAUGGGAUGACUGGUUCCGUCUCGAGACCAAAGAUGAUUCUCUCCAACCGACUAUCGACAUGCUCCUCAACGUAACCAUCUUUUUGUGGUACGGCGCAUACAUUCCCUGGAGUGACUUCAACAACAACAAUGUUAUUACCAUUGGACGUCUUGUCGCUCUGGGUGUCUCCGUUCUUAUGUUGAGAAGACUUCCGUGGAUCUUUGCUAUGCAUAAAUGGAUUCGUCAGAUUGAACAAGUCAAGCAGGCUGUGUUUGUCGGUUUCUUCGGACCAAUUGGUGUAUCCGCCAUCUUCUACCUCUUCAUCAGCAUUGAGUUCAUCGAGGAGCACCUCAGCGAUGAGAACGGACGUCCUAGAAGCGACGUCAAGGAUCUUGCUGAGCAGACGCGCAUCAUCGUUUGGUUCCUUGCAGUUUGCAGUAUCAUUGUCCACGGUUUAAGUAUCCCAGUCGGAAAGCUCGGAUACUUCGUCCCCAGAACCCUGAGUCAAGCCGUCAGCGACACCGUAAACAGCGCUUCAGACAAUGCGCGACGAAGAAGAAUUCCAUUGAUCGGAAGACUCUUCGGCGGUAGUGACAAGGACGGACGUAGACCAUCUGGCCCGAUUACCAUCACCGGCGGUCGAAGCCUUCGCGCUGAUCCGCAUGUGAAUACACAUGCUGGCGAUGAGACGCCGCCUGUUAGAAGAGAGAUUCGAUUUGGCGAUGAGGUUUGA